AUGACUGGCACGAAAUUUCCCCCGUGGUGGAAUCACACAAAACCGCUGAAUUGGACUCCCAACCGGGACGUGUGCGAACCGUUUCCAGAGCUCUCUACACAAUCUCUGAGCAUGGACGAAAACCCAGAGACGGUCGUCGACAAACAGUCAAUGGGCGAGUAUUUCUCGUCCUCGCCGUGUGCUUCAGAAGAUACAAUCCUCUCGGAACAUGGCAGCUCGACCUCGGGCAGUUCCAGUCCGAUACACUCUGGGAGCGAAUCGCCAUCCUUUGAGUCUGGGUGGCAAGACCAGACAGACCUACUACCACCACCGCGGCCGUCGGCGGCGAAUCUUGCGCCACCCGAGAUCCUGACGCAAAUCUACACCAUGCUGAGCCCUCGCGAUUUUGACAAUGCCCGCCGCACCUGCUCGCCGUGGAUGCGCGCCAGCUUGCAGCACAAGCUUUUGGAAGGGACGAUGAAGAGAGCCGGCUGGUGGGACGCCUGGCAGCAGGACUGCCAGGCCUAUCGUCCGGUCGAUGGGGUCGAGGAGAGCGUUGUAUGGAGACUGAGCAAGCGAUUCUCGACCGAGUGUGUCCUCUCUGGCCGAAAGGACAACGUCGAGAAGAGUGGGUUUUUGUCGACCGGCAUGGUGGAUUUUGGCCAGCUGUCUCGCGAGUCACUGCCCAAGGAAUCCCCCGGUCUCUCGCGCGACAUGUUUACCGGUCCGGCUCCGAGACUGACCGCCGCUCUACGUGACCCUGCAUUCUCUCGCGCCAUCAAGUUCAGUGUCAGUGCCUGUGGUCAUUACGUCUUGGCCGCGACGGGAUGUAUGAUUUACGUGUACUAUCUUGGAAACCGGAAAAGCGGCGACUCGCUGCCCCACCGCUUGUCUGGACAAAGAGCGAUGGAGGAGUUGGUUGGAGAUAAUGAUCUUGACGUUUUACCUGUGUCUAGCAUUGGAUGUCCAUAUGAGGUGCUGUCUGCAACGAUUGAUACCAGCACCCCCAAGUUUGUGAUUGCAGCCUUGCUGCGUGGACGCAUCGGCAUGAUUUGCGACAUCAAAGGCGUCCCCGUUCAUUCUUCGAGCGACCGGCCCUCGUCCUUUUUGCGCCACAACUCGACCGCUGAACAACAGCCUGAAAGCGAAGAGGCAUCGGCUCUGAACGAAUUCCGCGAAGCCAUUGCGUCCAGCGCUGCAAUCGAACAGGCUACGACCCCGGAUGGCCGGCCACCCAUGGCUCCUCGCACCGUGUCCACGCGCCGAACGAUGAACCGUUUAACCCGCGCUCCGAGGAAAUACAUUCACGAUAUCUGCUCUAAAGAGGACCCUCCACGAAGUGUGUCGAUUUGCCCUGGUCGUCGAUGCGUGGCUUUUGGAUGCGGAUCCGGUAUCGAGCUUCAUUGGUAUGAUGAACGCACACAGGAAGAUUCAAGAAAGUUGUUCCCAUUGUCACAGCCGGCGGAAGUGCUCCAUUUCUUGCCAAACCGGAUAGAAAUAGACGACAUUUCAAAGCUGAGACUUGUCUCGUCUCUGGCCGGACCAGGCGCCUCGGGCUGUCAGUGCCACCGCACGGCCAAUGGCGAGGACGUCAUCUGCCAAUUCCAUCUGUCGUCGGAUGUCAACUCUUUUACGCACUGGACGCCGCGGCGAAACGGGCGAUUGAGUCUGGUCAAGGCGACUCACUGCCACCACUAUCGCGCAAUUCCUGUUAAUGACGGGCUGCACAUUCUGUUCGUCGAGCCGGUCUCUGGUCUUUUGUGCAUCGGCUCGGACGCGCCCCUCGGCGGACCGACAAACCUCACGCGAGCCAUGAUCUGCAUCCCGCCAUUUGAAAACGGCGUUGACUCUCAAGAAGAAUGCGUCCCCACCGUCUUCGCUGUCGGAUCAGACCUGAGCUGGGGCCUGCGUGUGGUCGCCGUAUACCAGGACCGUCUUGUCCUGUACACUGUGCCCGUGGACGUAUACAACGUACUCCGGCGCGAGCGCGAGCGACAAGGCGACGACGUGAUGGGCGACAGCGACCUCGCGCGCGACUGGUUCCUCGACAACGAACGCAACUCGGCGCGCCGCGGCAGUCUUGCCCAAAACCAAAACGGAGACUGGGAGUUUUUGUUACGUGUCAGCUACCGGCCCACGGCAAUGCUCUGGCCGCUGAAAAUCUUUGGCAAGGAGAUUGGCCGCAUGGACAAGGUGGUCGAGCUCUCUGUGCAGACGUCCGGCGGCGGCGUGCGUGUGUGGGCGUUUGGUGCCUCUGGCGAAGCGCGCAUUUUCGAUAUCGACACGCACACCUCCAAGACGAGACGCGCCGUUGACGUGGCUGUCAAGUCGCUGGGAAUUGCCUCUGAUGGCAGCAUUGGAUCGGCCUCGCUGGUUGACCGCGCAGAGUCUGGCUUGUUGUCGCCUUUGCCUGUGAAAGCCACGCGCAAGCGCAAGCAACUCAGCCAGCCAGCGCCAUUUGACCGGAAACUGCUGAGCAUGUGGAACAGUUCCAACACCAGCGAUCUUCACAAAAGCACUGAUCUCCACGCGAACACUGAUUUACACAAGAAUACCGAGGCCUCGCCAUCCUCUCGGCCAUCCUCGAGCUCUGCUGGAAGAAAACGCCGCACAUCCUUUGCAGCAUGCAUUAUGGAUUUGAAAAUCCCCGAACUCGGUCCGCGCGACGGCCGCUGGAUUGACUCUACUUCUUCUACUACUACUACUUCAACAGCUGCAGCUACUGCAGCUACUGCAGCUGUACCGGGACCUGCUCCCGAUUUCCACGACGUUGCCUCGUACGAUCCGCAAGAAAUUAGAAAGUUUUAUACAGUGUGGUCUACAUCGUCGGCGAAUCCGUCUGGACGCUGGCGGUAA